AUGGAAAGCGAUCGCGCGGACGUGACCGAGUCAUCGUUCUUGGAGAGCGCGACGACGAUCCUCGAUCGCCCGCGUCAGUACGUCGACGAUGCAGAGAUGGGCGUCGAUCACUUGGCGCACAAGGAGUUGUUGUGGAAGCUAUCGAGCACGUACUUGCCAAACGACGUGGCGAGUUUGCAGCGAUCGUUGGUGCGGCACGUGGAGUAUACGCUCGCGCGAAGGAGGUACAAGCUCGAUACGAGCUCGUUUUAUCAAGCCACCGCGCACUCGGUGCGAGAUCGAUUGAUCGAGCGAUGGACGGACACGCAGCAGUAUUCGGCCAAGAAAGGGGCGAAGAAAGUGUACUAUCUGUCGCUCGAAUUUUUAAUCGGCCGCUCGCUCGGCAAUGCCGUCUCAAAUCUCGGGUUACGAGGCGCCUACGCCGAGGCUUUGCGGCAGAUUGGAUACGAUUUGGAAGAUAUCAUGUCAGAGGAAAAAGAGCCAGCGCUCGGGAACGGGGGUCUGGGGCGCUUGGCGUCUUGUUUCUUGGACACGCUCGCGACGCAAAAUUAUCCCGCGUGGGGGUACGGCAUUCGCUACAAGUACGGAAUGUUUGAGCAAAGAAUCGUGAAUGGUAAACAAGUGGAGUUUCCAGAUUAUUGGCUUACCGAUGGGAACCCGUGGGAAGUUGAACGAUUAGACGUGCAGUACCCGGUUCGUUUAUUCGGCCACGUUCGAGAGUUUCAAGAUCCGGACGGGAACACGUUGUACGCGUGGGAGGGCGGCGAAGUCGUCAUGGCGCAGGCGUACGAUACCCCGAUUCCAGGCUACGGUACGUACAACACCAACAAUAUGCGACUGUGGAGUAGCAAGCCAUCGCACGAAUUCAAUCUCGCCUCGUUUAACGCCGGUAAUUACUACGGCGCGGUCGAGGCGAAGGAACGUUGCGAGAGUAUCACGUCAGUGCUGUACCCGAACGACGCCACGGAAGAAGGUAAGCGUUUGCGAUUGAAGCAACAAUACUUCUUCGUCAGCGCGACUUUACAAGACAUCUAUAGACGUUUCAAGAAGAACGUCGGUCGUGGGUCUACGACGAUGAAGAAUAUGCCGGACAAGGUGGCGAUACAGCUCAACGACACGCACCCGGCGAUUGCUAUUCCCGAACUCAUGCGUUUGCUCCUCGACAUCGAGCGUCUACCUUGGGACGAGGCGUGGGAAAUAACGAGAAAAGUCUUCGCGUACACCAACCACACCAUUCUCCCGGAGGCACUGGAGAAGUGGCCGGUGCCGAUGAUCACCGAGCUCUUGCCGCGACACAUGCAAAUCAUUUACGAAAUCAACCACCGGUUUUUGCUUGAGGUUCAAAAGAUGUGGCCAAACGACACCGCGCGCAUGUCGUCGAUGAGUAUCAUCGAAGAGUCAUCACCCAAGAUGGUACGCAUGUCCAACUUAGCCGUCAUCGGGUCGCACACCGUAAACGGGGUGGCGAUGAUCCACACCAAGCUUUUGAAGUCUUUGCUAUUCCCCGACUUUUUGUUGAUGUGGCCAGAAAAGUUCAUCAACGUGACGAAUGGUGUCACGCCGCGACGAUGGCUGUUGCAAGCGAAUCCAGCGCUCGCGAGCAUUUACACGGGCAUGGUCGGCCCUGGGUGGGUAAACGAUCUCAAGCGACUCGAGCCGAUCAAGACGAUGGCGCAAGAUCCGCAAUUUCGACAGCGUUGGCGCGCGGCCAAGCAAACGAACAAGCAAGCGCUUGCGGAAUGGCUGUACCGUUCGAUGAAUAUCCGCGUCGAUCCCAACGCCUUGUUCGACAUGCAAAUCAAACGCAUACACGAAUACAAGCGCCAGUUGUUGAAUGUCCUUGGAAUCGUGCACCGCUACGCCGAAAUCACGCAGGCUACGCCCGAACAGCGCAAAACAAUGGUGCCGCGCGUGCACAUCAUCGCCGGCAAAGCUGCGCCCGGAUACGUCAUGGCGAAAAAUCUUGUCAUGCUCGUAUGCGCCGUGUCUGAAGUCGUGAACUCCGACGCGGCGUGUCGUGACUUACUCAAGGUGGUGUUCGUUCCCAACUUCAACGUGUCUCUAGCGGAGAUUCUCAUUCCCGCGAGUGAUAUCUCGCAACACAUCUCCACUGCGGGUAUGGAGGCGAGCGGCACCGGGAACAUGAAGUUCGUCAUGAACGGCGGAUUGAUCGUGGGUACAAUGGACGGGGCGAACAUCGAGAUAGAACAAGCGAUUGGCGAGCAUAACAUGUUCACGUUUGGCGCGAAGGCGGAUCAAGUCGCGGCGAUUCGACGCAAGAUGGCGCACGACCCACCAAAAAUUGAUCCUCGUCUUCACCGCGCCAUGGGAAUGAUUCGCGCCGGCAUCUUCGGCAAGCCGGACGACGGAGCGUACAACCAGCUCUUGGACGCCAUCGAUCCGAGGAAAGACGUCUACCUCACCGCGCAUGAUUUUCCGUCGUAUCUAGGGGCGAUUGCAGAAGCCGAUGCGGCGUAUCAGUACGAAGAGAAGUGGACCGCAAAGUGCAUCGAAGCUGCGUGUUCGAUGUGGAUGUUUUCAUCCGAUCGCACGAUUCGGGAGUACGCGGCGAAGAUUUGGAACGUCGAACCUUUGCCGUUUCGACCGCCCAGACACCACAGUGAACGUUGA